UCACUUGGGCUUCCCUGAAGAAAAAAAAAAAGAAAGGAAAAGAUGGCAGAUGCAGAGAGAGGUGUUGUUUCCAAGGUGGAUUACCCAUGGAAAAUCACUGUUUAUGUGGUUUUCUGUUGGAUUCUUGCGGCCUUUGGUGGCUUAAUGUUCGGUUAUGAUAUUGGAAUUUCAGGUGGAGUGACAGCUAUGGAUGAUUUUUUGAAAAAAUUCUUUCAUUCUGUCUAUGAAAGAAAACUUCGUGCUGUUGAAGACAAUUACUGCAAAUAUGACAAUCAAUUUCUUCAGCUAUUCACAUCAUCACUCUACAUAGCUGCUCUUUUAUCAAGUUUUGUUGCAUCCGCUGUGUGCGCAAAAUUUGGUCGAAGGCCCACAAUUUUUCUUGCAUCAUUAUUUUUCCUGGCAGGGGCUGGCCUAAGCUCUGGUGCUCAAUACCUCUGGAUGCUCAUUAUUGGCCGAGUUCUCCUUGGGUUUGGUGUAGGAUUUGGCAAUGAGGCUGUUCCUCUUUUCCUGUCAGAGAUAGCACCAGUUCAGCAUCGCGGGGCUGUGAACAUUCUGUUUCAGCUUUUUGUGACCAUUGGAAUCUUGAUUGCAAAUCUUGUUAACUAUGGCACUUCAAGGUCUCACCCAAAUGGAUGGAGAAUUUCCUUGGGGCUCGCAGGGGCACCAGCCUUGUUCCUAUUUAUAGGUUCCUUAAUCAUUCCCGAGACUCCAACGAGCCUAAUUGAGCAUGGAAAAGAAAACAAAGGAUUAAAGGCACUUAAGAAGAUUAGAGGAGUAGACAAUGUUGACGCUGAGUUCAAACAAAUUCAAUCUGCCUGUGAGAUCGCCAGGGAAGUCAAGCAUCCAUUGAAGAACAUCAUGAAACGCUCCAGUAUUCCCCCGCUAGUUAUAGCAGUGUUGAUGCAAGUGUUUCAGCAGUUUACAGGAAUCAAUGCUAUAAUGUUUUACGCACCUGUUUUGUUCCAAACAGUGGGAUUCAGGAACGAUGCUUCUCUUCUAUCUUCUGUGAUCACUGGAUUAGUGAAUGUGAUUAGUACAUUGGUCUCAAUUUAUGCUGUGGAUAAGAUUGGGAGGAGGAAACUGUUGCUUCAAGCCUGUGUCCAGAUGUUCCUUAGCCAGGUUGCUAUUGGAAUUAUUUUAAUUCUGAAAUUGUCAGCUACGGGAUCGCUUUCAAAACCACUCGCAAUUAUUGUUGUGUGUCUGGUGUGCUUAUUUGUUAUGUCCUUUGCGUGGUCAUGGGGUCCUCUGGGUUGGUUGAUACCAAGUGAAACAUUCCCUCUAGAGACCAGAACUGCUGGUUUUGCUUUUGCAGUUAGCUCAAACAUGCUCUUCACUUUCCUCAUAGCUCAGGCUUUCUUAUCAAUGCUGUGCCACAUGAGAGCCGGUAUAUUUUUCUUCUUCGCCGCUUGGAUACUUAUCAUGGGAUUGUUCGUGGUGAAACUGUUGCCCGAGACCAAGAAUGUUCCGAUUGAUCUCAUGGUUGAAAAUGUCUGGAAGAAGCACCCAAUCUGGAGUAAAUUCAUGGACUGAUUUAGAAGACGUCGAUGUUGUUUAGUAGCAUUAAAAGGCCAAUUAGUAAUUGAAGGCCAAACAAUUCAUAAAUUUCGUAUUUUAGAAAUAUCUAGGUUUGUGUGAUUUCAUACUUUUAUUAAUAUGUAAGCUAAGUCUGUUCUUAAUUUUUAAAA